CAGGAGCAGGGGAAGACUUCAAAACAAGGCUGCAGCAUGGUCGGCCAGACGUUCUCACUUUUUCUUCUGGGAACUUUGCUUAUAGUUCAUUGUAGUUCAGAAGAUUGUACAGCAGACCAGUUUCGCUGUCAAAAUGGCCAGUGCGUUCCUGCAAUCUGGAAGUGUGAUGGUAUUGUUGACUGUAGUGAUGAUUCUGAUGAAUCGGAGUGCCCUGCACCAACCUGCGCACUGGGACAGUUCCAAUGUGUGGGAGAUGGGGAAUGUAUUUCUCAGAGUUGGGUCUGUGAUGAUGAAGAAGACUGUGAUGAUGGAUCUGAUGAGCGUCAGCUAUGCUCUGCAAAAACAUGCACUAGUGAACAGUAUACUUGCACCAAUGGAGAAUGUAUUCCAAGUGAAUACAGGUGUGACCAUGUCGACGACUGCACAGACAAAAUUGAUGAAAGUGGCUGUCUUUAUCCUAUUUGCACACAAAUGGAGUGCUCAAAUGGAGCCUGUUACAACUCCAGUCAACACUGUGAUGGAAAUUUGAACUGCAGGGAUGGAACAGAUGAAAGCAAUUGCACUCAGAGAUGUAACAGUGGUCAGUUUCAAUGUGCCAAUGCAGAAUGCAUCCCAGAGAUAUUUGUAUGCGACCACGAUGAUGACUGUGGAGAUAGAAGUGAUGAGCAAAAAUGUGUUUAUCCAGCCUGCUCAGGAAAUUAUUUUACCUGCCCCAGCGGCCAUUGCAUUCACCAGAAUUGGCUCUGUGAUGGAGAUGAUGACUGUGGAGAUAAUGCUGAUGAAAAAGGAUGUGAAAGGAGGCAACAGGAAGACUGCUUACCAGGUGAAUGGACUUGUCCAAACUCCCGGAACUGUAUCCCUGUAAGCAAAUUAUGUGAUCAGAUCAAUGAUUGUUCUUUUGGUGAAGAUGAAACAAACACCACAACAGGAAACAAUUGCAGUGUAAUCAACUGUGCUGCUUUAAGCUGUGAAUAUGCCUGUCAUGCUUCCCCAUCAGGGGGAGUAUGCUAUUGUCCAUUGGGAUUUGUGGUGAACACUGAUGGCCGUUCCUGUAUUAAUUUUAAUGAAUGUAACAUGUGGGGAGCUUGUGACCAGCUGUGUGAAGACCGAAUUGGAAGCCAUGCAUGUUCCUGUGUCGAGGGAUAUGUUCUAGAGCACCACAAGCACUGCCGAGCAAAUUCCUCAUAUGGAAUUCCAUCCAUUAUCUUCUCAAAUGGUCGUGAUUUGCUGAUUGCUGAUGUUCAUGGAAAGAAUGUACGGAUUCUUGUACAGUCUCGCAAUCGUGGCAUUGUUGUUGGUGUGGAUUUUCACUACUAUCUGGACAAAAUCUUUUGGACCGAUACCAUGCAGAAUAAGGUGUUCUCUGUAGAUCACAGUGGCUCUAGAAUCCAACAAAUUUUGAAUGUUUCCAUUGACUCUCCUGAAAACAUAGCAGUGGACUGGGUGAACAAUAAAUUGUAUGUGGUGGAGACGAGCAUUAGCCGAAUUGAAGUAGUAGAUCUGAAUGGAAGUAAUCGAAUAACACUGAUAGCAGAAAACCUGGGAAACCCUCGAGGCAUUGCUGUUGACCCCACUGUAGGCUAUUUAUUCUUCUCUGACUGGAAUAAUAUUUCUGGAGAACCUAAACUAGAGCGAUCCUUUAUGGACGGAACCCAUCGCUUUGAACUAGUCAAGACAAAGCUGGGAUGGCCUGCAGGAAUAACACUGGACAUCAUCACAAAAAGAGUUUAUUGGGUUGACAGCCGUUAUGACUACAUUGAGACUGUAACAUACGAUGGACUUGAAAGAAAAACUGUUGUUAGUGGAGGUGCUGCUAUUCCACAUCCUUACGGAAUAACUAAUUUUGAGGAUAAAUUAUAUUAUACUGAUUGGACCAAGAUGGCACUUAUGAGAGCCAAUAAGUCUACAGAAAAUGACCCACAAAUUGUCUAUCAAUCUUCAUUGAGACCAUUUGGAGUGACAGUUUAUCAUUCACUCAGGCAGCCAUUUGUGAGAAAUCCAUGUGGCAGGAAUAAUGGUGCAUGUGAACAUAUCUGCAUCCUUAGCCAUGCAACUGACAAUGAUGGCCUGGGUUUCCGAUGUCGGUGCAGAUUAGGUUUUGAUCUUCACCAUGAUGGGAAACAUUGCUAUGCCGUGACCCAGUUCCUACUAUUUUCAUCGCAGAUGGCUGUUCGUGGAAUUCCUUUCAACAUCUCCACUCAGAAAGAUGUCAUCUUGCCUGUGACUGCAAGUCCCUCUUACUUUGUGGGACUUGAUUUUGAUGCCGCAGAACAGUCAAUCUUUUUCUCUGAUACAAGGACGGAUCUAAUCUAUAAACAGAAAAUUGAUGGAACAGACCGGGAAAUCCUAGUUGCCAAUAGAGUGGAUGGAGUAGAAGACCUGGCUUUUGAUUGGAUUUCAAGGAAUCUUUACUGGACUGAUGCACGUUACAGCAGUAUUUCUGUUCUGCGUCUAGCUGAUAAGUCCAGGAGAACAAUUGUUGAGAACUUGAACAAUCCUAGAUCCAUUGUUGUGCAUCCAUUAAUGGGAUAUAUCUUCUGGACAGACUGGUACAGACCAGCAAAGAUCAUGAGAGCCUGGAGUGAUGGGUCAAAUGCAGUGGCAAUAGUUAACACAACACUGGGCUGGCCAAAUGGUCUUGCUAUUGACUGGAGUUCUCUUCGUCUGUAUUGGGUGGAUGCCUUUUUUGAUAAAAUUGAGCACAGUUCCUUCAGUGGUUCAGACAGACAGACACUCAAUCAAGUUAGCCAAAUGUCACACCCAUUUGGUCUUACAGUGUUUGGUGGUUAUGCAUACUUUACUGACUGGAGGCUGAACGGAAUAGUCCGUGUUCGGAAAGUGGAUGGUGGUGGGAUGUCUAUUAUCAGGAGAGGCAUCAACAAUAUUAUGCAUGUAAAAUCAUUUGAUGCUUCUGUACAGACUGGUUCCAACUACUGUAACAAACCGACAAAUCCCAAUGGAGACUGUAGUCACUUUUGCUUCCCAAUACCCAGCUAUCAGAGAGUCUGUGGUUGCCCCUAUGGAAUGAAACUUGACUCCAACAACAUUAACUGCAUUGAAGAUCCAUCAAGUGAAAGACCCACUCAACAGUGUGCCUUCUUUUCUUUUGCUUGUGCCAAUGGAAAAUGUGUGCCAAGUUACAAUCGCUGCGAUGGAGUUAAUGACUGUCAUGAUAACAGUGAUGAAGCAAACUGUGGAACUUUAAAUGUCACAUGCUCGUCAUCUGCCUUUACAUGCCCCAAUCAUGAGUGCAUUCCAAAUUAUUGGAGAUGUGACGGACAAGAUGACUGCUCAGAUGGGAGUGAUGAAAAGGGAUGCCCAACCCAUCAUCCCACAACUUGCACUGCAAAUUAUUUUACCUGCACUAAUUCCCGGUGUAUUCCUAAAAGAUGGGUUUGUGACACAGAUAAUGACUGCGGAGAUGGCUCCGAUGAGUUUAACUGCGAUUUCACAAGUACCUGCCAGCCUGAGCAAUUUUUGUGCCCAGAACAUCGGUGCAUUGAUCCUGCUUAUAUAUGUGAUGGUGAUGAAGACUGUCUGGAUGGAUUGGAUGAACAAGGCUGUGUGUACAACUGCACUUCCAAUGAAUUUAAAUGUGCAAGUGGAGGACAGUGCAUCAGCAACUUCUACCACUGUGAUGGAGUUUUUGAUUGCAAUGAUCAUUCUGAUGAGGCAGGAUGCCCCACUCGACUGCCAGGUAUGUGCCACCAAAAUGAAUUUCAGUGUCAAGAUGACGGUGCCUGUAUUCCAUUAAAUUGGGAAUGUGAUGGUUAUGCAGAUUGUACUGAUGGAUCAGAUGAACACCUUAACUGUUCACCAAAGAAUUGUUCUGCCAGCUAUUUUCAGUGUGAGAAUGGAAAUUGUAUCUUCAGAGGCUGGCUAUGUGAUGGUGAUAAUGACUGUAGAGACAUGAGUGAUGAAAGAGACUGCCCAACACAGCCAUUUCAUUGUCCCAGUAACCAGUGGCAGUGUCCAGGUCUCAGUACCUGCCUGCCUUUGGAUAAGGUGUGCGACCGUACUCCAGACUGCCCAAAUGGUGCAGAUGAAUCUCCACUGUGCAAUUCAGAGAGCUGCAAUGAAAACAAUGCAGGUUGUACACAUGGAUGCAUUGAGGGGCCCUAUGGUGCACAAUGCACUUGCCCAAGUGGCUAUCAGCUUACAAAUGAUUCCAAGACCUGUGAAGAUAUCAAUGAAUGUAAUCCCCCAGGCAUUUGUAGCCAAAUAUGUUACAAUGAAAUGGGAUCUUUCAGGUGCAUCUGUGAUGAUGGUUUCACUUUAGAAGUAGAUGAGAGGACUUGCAAAGCUUCAGAUUCAACCAAUGUUCAAAUAAUGGUGGCAAGCCGUGAUCAGAUAGUUUCUGAAAACAUUAGUGCUCAUCCACAUGUCAUUCAGAGUGUUGUCCGAGAUGGGAGAAAUAUUGUUGCAAUUGACUUUGAUUCAAUAACUGGUCGAAUUUAUUGGUCAGAUGUAAGUCAGGACAAAGUUUGGAGUGCUUUUGAAAAUGGAACAGAUCAAAAAAUUAUAUUUGACAGUGGUGUGACUGUCACAGAAAGCCUUGCUGUGGAUUGGGUUGGCCGUAAUCUCUACUGGGUAGACUACGUUCUUCAAACAAUUGAGGUUUCAAAGCUGGAUGGCAGUCACAGAAGCGUGUUACUUAGUGAUAAUAUAACAAAUCCCAGAGGAUUGGUGUUGGAUCCCCGAAAUAAUACUCAUCUAAUGUUCUGGACAGACUGGGGUAAAAACCCACGAAUUGAAAAGGCCAGCAUGGAUGGCACCUUGCGAACUGUCUUAAUAAGUCACAAAAUCUUCUGGCCAAAUGGAUUAAGUAUUGAUUAUCCAACUAGACUACUUUAUUUUGCUGAUGCAUAUUUGGAUUAUAUUGAAUAUUGUGACUACUUUGGGAACAACAGGAGACAGGUUUUAGCUAGUGACUUGGUCCUGCAACAUCCACAUGCCAUAACUAUUUUUGAGGAUUAUGUGUAUUGGACUGAACGACGAUCUAAUCAUGUUGUCAGAGUAAAUAAGUGGCAUGGAAAGAACCAGACUGUGAUGAUCAGAAAUUUAAUUGAGCCACUCGGAAUAGUUGCUGUUCAUUCUGUCAGGCAGCCACCCGCUUGGAAUCCAUGUUUGUCCAAUCCUUGCAGCCACUUAUGCCUGCUCUCUGCAUCGGCUCCUAGAUUCUAUUCAUGUGUCUGCCCCUCAGGCUGGAACCUAAUGGCUGAUUUAAAACACUGCGCUAAAGUCGAACAACCUUUCCUAAUUGUUGUGCGAAACAGCAUCAUCUUUGGCAUUUCUCUGGAUCCUAAUGACAAAACUAGUGAUGCCAUAGUUCCUGUAGCUGGAGUUCAAAAUGGCUAUGAUGUUGACUUUGAUGAAGAAGAGGUUCUGUAUUGGGUAGAAUAUCCAGGAGAAAUUCAUACUGUGAGGUCAGAUGGAACGAAUAGGAGUAUGUUUGCUCCAGCUUCCACCAUUGGCUCCCCUGUGGGCUUGGCUUAUGACUGGAUCUCUAUGAACCUUUACUAUACCAACUUUGACCAACAGUCCAUUGAGGUAGUAAAUGUGCAUAAUGAUGUCAAGUACAGAAAAACAAUACUAGCAAAUAAUGGACAAAGGACUGGUGUUGGGACACCCAGAGGUAUUGUGGUAGAUCCAGCAAGAGGGAAGUUGUACUGGACAGAUCAAGGUACCGACAGUGGAAUUCCAGCAAAAAUUGCUAGUGCUUAUAUGGAUGGCUCUAAUCCUCGAGUUCUCUUCACUAAUGAUCUAGAUCAAGUAGAGUUCAUUAGCAUUGACAUCAAAGCACGCAGGCUGUACUGGGCUGUGUCUGGUACAGGAGUGAUUGAACGCGGAGAUCUAAAUGGUUUGCACCGGAUGACUGUGGUUAACCACCUUUCUCAUCCUCGGGGUUUAGCCAUUUACGACGGCUUCCUUUACUAUACAGAUUCUGAUUUUGAGAUCAUUGAGCGUGUGGACAAGAUUACUGGUGAAAACCCAGUUGUGAUGAGGAAUAACAUUGCAGGGCUGAAUUGCCUCAGAGUUUACUUCAGAGACAGGUCAGCUGGUUCCUCCAACGGAUGCACUAACAAUAUUGGAACGUGUGAACAACUGUGUCUACCUAGACCCAAUGGAGCCUAUACUUGUGCUUGUAAUACAGGCUACCGUAUGAACCCAGAUAACAAGACCUGCUCAUCGUCUGAUUCAUUUUUGAUUGUGUCCCAGCUAUCUAUUAUCAGAGGAUUCAACCUGGAUGCAAAUGACCAUUCUGAAGCCAUGGUACCAGUGGGUGGCAGUAUGCACUUUGCCCUGCAUGUGGAUGUACAUAUAGCAUCAGGAUUUAUUUACUGGUGUGAAUUCAGUACAGCAGCUUCAAGGAAUGCUAUUCGGAGGAUUAAACCUGAUGGAUCUUCCUUCCAAAGUGUACUAGUUACAGGAAUUGGUCAGAAUGGUAUCCGAGGAAUUGCAAUAGAUUGGGUAGCAGGCAAUCUCUAUUUCACAAAUGCUUUCCAAACUGAGACAUAUAUUGAAAUUCUCCGUUUGAAUACCACUUUUCGUCGAGUUCUCGUGAAAACAUCAGUGGAUCGGCCCAGACAUAUUGUAGUAAAUCCAAAGAUCCGAUAUAUCUUCUGGGCUGAUUAUGGUCAGAAUCCUAAAAUUGAGCGGGCUUUUCUUGAUGGCUCUAACAGAACUGUCUUAGUGGAUGAUGGUAUUGUCAUGCCACGAGGUCUAGCUGUUGACCACACAAAUAAUUACAUCUACUGGGUUGAUGACUCCCUUGACUUGAUUGCGAGGAUCUCACCAGAUGGUGCUGAACAUGAGAUAAUUCGUUAUGGCAGUCGCUAUCCUACCCCAUAUGGAAUCACUGUUUUUGAAAACAGUAUGAUUUGGGUGGAUAGAAACUUGAAGAAGAUUUUACGCGCAAGUAAAGAACCUGGAAACAUGGAACAACCUUCUGUUAUCCGAGACAAUUUGAAUUUGUUAAGGGAUGUGGUAGUGUUUGAUAAAAGGAUUCAACCAACAUCUACCCAGCAAGUUAACAAUAACCCUUGCUUGCGUUCUAAUGGAGAAUGUGCCCAAUUUUGUUUCGCAUUGCCUGAUUUGCAAGUGCCAAAAUGUGGGUGUGCCCAUGGUAGGUUGGCUGCUGAUGGGAAACAUUGUAUGAUCGUCACUAAUGAUUAUUUGAUAUAUGCAACAGAAGGUUCCAUUCGGAGCCUUCACUUCGAUUUAGCUGACCAUACACUGCCCUUCGCAACAGUGAAUGUAUGGUGGACUGCAGUGGCACUUGACUAUGACAGCGGUGACAACAGAAUUUAUUUUACACAAAGUUUUGGCCGAGGGCAUAGCACAAUCAGCUACAUCAGUCUUGAUGAUGCUUCUGCUUCUCCUACACAGGUGAUAUCAGGCUUGGGUGCUCCUGAUGGAAUUGCCUAUGACUGGAUCAACAAGAGGAUUUAUUAUAGUGAUUACUUGAAUCAAACAAUCAGCUCCAUAAAAGUGGAUGGCACCAAUCGGUCAAUCAUUGCAAAUGUUCCGAGGCCAAGAGCUGUUGUACUGGAUCCUUGCAGAGGGUACAUGUAUUGGACUGAUUGGGGAACUAGUCCUAAAAUAGAACGAGCAACGCUUGGAGGAAGCUUUCGUACACCCAUUAUAAAUACCAGUUUAGUGUGGCCAAAUGGACUGACAAUGGACUAUGAAGAUCAGAAACUCUACUGGGCUGAUGGCUCUCUACGGAAGAUUGAACGAUGUAGUCUUACAGGUACAAACCGUGAGGUGAUUGUUAGCACUGCAAUUUACCCAUUCGCAGUCACCCUGUAUGAUGAAUAUCUCUACUGGACAGACUGGAGCACUAAAAGCAUCUACCGGGUCAAUAAACAUGAUGGGUCUGACCAGACUGUGAUGAUACAAGACCUCCCACAUCGUCCAAUGGAUAUUCAUGUCAUGUCUGAGAACAAGCAGCGACAUUGCAAUAAUCCAUGUGAUCAAUUUAAUGGUGGUUGCAGUCACAUUUGUACCCCAGGGCCUGAGGGUGCAGAAUGCCAAUGCCCUGCUCAUGGAAAUUGGCGCCUCGUUAAUAACAACAAAGAUUGUGUUUCAUCUGAUUCUACUACAUGCGCCACUGGCUACUUUACUUGUUUGAAUGGACGUUGUAUCCCAGAAAGGUGGAAAUGUGACACUGACAAUGAUUGUGGAGAUCACAGUGAUGAAACAGAGAGAGUAUGUGCUUUUCAUACCUGUUCACCAUCUGCUUUCACUUGUGGAAAUGGCCGGUGCACACUAUAUAGGUAUCGCUGUGACCAUUACAAUGACUGUGGAGACAACAGUGAUGAGGUUGGCUGCUUGUUCCCUACUUGCAAUCCCACUACAGAAUUCACCUGUCUUAAUGGAAGAUGUAUUGGCAGUAGCUUUGUCUGCAAUGGCGUGAAUGACUGCCAUGAUAAUGGAACUUCAGAUGAGAGGAACUGCCCUGAUCGGACCUGUCAGCCUAGCUAUACAAAAUGUCAAACAACCAACAUUUGUAUUCCUCGCACUUAUCUUUGUGAUGGAGAUAAUGAUUGUGGUGAUAUGAGUGACGAGAGCUCCACUCACUGUGCCACUGGAACUUGUGCAGAGAAUGAGUUCCGCUGCUCUUCUGGUCGCUGUAUCCCAUCACACUGGUAUUGUGAUGGUGGAAUGGAUUGUGCUGAUGGGUCUGAUGAACCAUCUACUUGUCAUCGCACAGAGCGCACUUGUUCAGGCCAACAGUUCAAAUGUGAUGAUGGCAGAUGUAUCCCCUCAACCUGGAUCUGUGAUGGUGACAAUGAUUGUGGGGACUUAAGUGAUGAAGAUCAAAGACAUAACUGCGCAAACCGCACCUGCACAACUACAGAAUUUACAUGUGUCAACAGCCAUCCUCCACACAGAAGGUGUAUCCCUCGGACAUGGAUUUGUGAUGGAGAUUCUGACUGUUCUGAUGCUUUAGAUGAACAUCAGAAUUGCACUAGGCGGUCCUGCAUUGCAACAGAGUUCACUUGUGACAAUGGCCUCUGUAUUAGGAAUUCAUACAGAUGUGACCGACGCAAUGAUUGUGGUGAUGGUAGUGAUGAACAAGGAUGUAGAUACCAACCUUGUGCCCAGCACCAGUUUACAUGUCAGAAUGGUCGCUGUGUUUCACAGUUAUGGGUCUGUGAUGGCGAUAAUGAUUGUGGAGAUAGAUCUGAUGAGACGGAACACCUGUGUGUCACCUCUGAGCCAACAUGCCCUCCACAUCAUUUCAGAUGUGACAAUGGAGCCUGUAUUGAAAGUGGCAAGGUGUGCAAUGACAUCGAUGAUUGUUCUGAUAACAGUGAUGAGAAAACAUGUGGUGUUGAUGAGUGCAAUGAUUCUGCACUGAAUCAUUGCACACACGGGUGCACCAACACAUUGACUAGUUUCUUCUGCUCUUGUAACCCUGGCUACCAUCUCAUGGAUGAUCAACAGACUUGUGAAGACAUUGAUGAAUGCAAUGUAACACCCGAUGUUUGCAGUCAGAUUUGCGAAAACACGGAGGGUUCCUACAUCUGUAAAUGUGCCCCAGGACAUCUUCGAGAAACUGAUGGAAGAAGUUGUCGCCAAAACAGCAAUAUUGCUCCUUAUCUCCUCUUCAGUAAUCGCUACUACAUACGUAAUCUGUCUGUGGAUGGGGAAAUUUAUACUCUUGUUCAACAAGGUCUCAUUAAUGUGGUGGCCUUGGACUUUGACAGAGUUGAGCAGAGAUUGUACUAUAUUGACUUGGGUCAAAGAAUUAUUGAACGGAUUUUCCUGAAUGGAACCCAAAAGGAAACUAUAAUUAACCACGAUUUGCAAGGUGCGGAAGGCCUGGCUAUUGACUGGGUUGCAAGGAAGCUGUACUGGCUUGAUCAAUUUAAAAAUUGCCUCAAUGUUGCAGAACUUGAUGGAAGGUUCCGCAAAAUGCUGGCUGAUCACUGUGUAGAUACAGGCAAUGUUUACUGCUUUGAGAACCCUCGAGCUAUUGCUGUCUAUCCAAAAUAUGGAUAUAUUUUCUGGACUGACUGGGGCUAUCAAGCGUAUAUUGGACGCAUAGGUAUGGAUGGUAAAAACAAAUCUGCCAUUGUUACCAAAAAAUUGGAGUGGCCCAAUGGAUUGACCAUUGACUACACAAAUGAUAAACUCUAUUGGACUGAUGCUCAUCUGAAUUAUAUCGAAUUUUCUAACCUGGAUGGAAACUACCGGCACAUGGUAUUUGAUGGAACCCUAAGCCACCCUUUUGCCAUUAGCCUAUUUGAAGAUACAAUAUAUUGGACUGACUGGAACACAAAAUCAGUGGAGAAAGCAAAUAAAUACACUGGGGAAGGCAGGGUAUUGUUGGUGAACACCACCCAUCGGCCCUUUGACAUUCAUGUAUACCAUCCAUACCGACAGCCAAUUGCAAACAAUCCAUGUGAUAAAGAUAAUGGUGGCUGCUCCCAUCUGUGUCUGAUAGCAGAAGGUGGUCAAGGUCACACGUGUGAAUGUCCAGAUAACUUCAUUAAGCAGUCUGGCAGCAUCACUCAGUGUAUCCCCAUGUGCACAAGUACACAGUAUAGAUGUCUUGACAAUGAAAGGUGCAUUCCAAUCUGGUGGAAAUGUGACGGACAGAGAGAUUGCCGGGAUGGAUCAGAUGAACCUGCAACCUGCCCAAUCCAUUAUUGUAGAAUUGGACAGUUUCAGUGCAAUGAUGGAAACUGCACUACUCCCAGCUUCCUGUGUAAUGGUUAUCAGGAUUGUACAGAUGGAUCUGAUGAAGACAUCAUACUUUGUAUCAAUCACCAGUGUGAGAACUACCAGUGGCAGUGUGCCAAUAAACGCUGUAUUCCUGAAGCCUGGCAAUGUGAUGGGGAAAACGACUGCAUAGAUAGUUCUGAUGAGGAUCCUGCUCACUGUGCUUCCCGAACUUGUCAUUCAGGCCAGUUUAAAUGUAACAAUGGCCACUGCAUUCCACAAUCCUGGAAAUGUGAUGUAGAUAAUGACUGUGGCGAUUACUCUGAUGAGCCCUUUGACGAAUGCCAUGGGGUUAACUACUCCUGCGAUAACCACACUGAGUUUGCCUGUCAAACAAAUUAUCGCUGUGUUCCAAAGUGGGCUGUAUGCAAUGGUAAUGAUGACUGCCGGGACAACAGUGAUGAGCAAAAUUGUGAGGAUCUUACUUGCAAUCCGGUGGGCGAUUUCCGAUGUGACAGUCAUUGGUGUAUUCCACUUCGCUGGAAGUGUGAUGGAGAAAAUGACUGUGGCGAUGAUUCUGAUGAGCGUGAUUGCGACCCUCGUGAAUGUACAGAAAGUGAAUUCCGCUGUGACAAUCUCCAGUGUAUUCCUAGUCGUUGGGUGUGUGAUCAUGAAAAUGACUGUGAGGAUAACUCGGAUGAACGAGACUGUGAGCUGCUAACAUGCCUGCCCGGUUACUUUGAGUGUUCUAGUGGUCACUGCAUCAUUGAAAGGUUCAGGUGUGACGGGAAUGCUGACUGUGCAGAUUACUCUGAUGAAAGUACCUGUCCAACUCGCUAUCCCAAUGGAACUUACUGCCCACCGUUCCUGUUUGAGUGCAGGAAUCAUGUCUGUGUGCAACAAUACUGGAAGUGUGAUGGGGACAACGAUUGUGGAGAUGGAUCUGAUGAAGAGCUCCACCAUUGCUUGGACAUUCCAUGUGACUCCCCUUUCCGUUUUCGCUGUGACAAUAAUCGCUGUGUGUACGUACAUGAAUUAUGCAACAAUGUAAAUGAUUGUGGAGAUGGAAGUGAUGAAAAAGAAGAAAACUGUAAACCAGCUACACCUCAUCCUUGCACAACUGGGGAAUACAAAUGUGGAGAUGGAAACUGCAUUCCUGUACGACAUGUUUGUGAUAAUUAUGCUCACUGUGCUGAUCAGUCUGACGAGUUGGGGUGCAAUCAUGAUACGAAACGAUCUUGUUCUGAAAACCUCUGUGAGCACAAUUGUACAGAUCUGAACAAUGGCGGUUUCAUCUGUCAUUGUAGGCCUGGGUAUCAAGUAAAGGAAGAUGAUGCAAACGCUUGUGAUGAUAUCGAUGAGUGUGAGAUCUUUGGCACCUGUCCUCAUAUUUGCAAAAAUAGCAAAGGAAGCUAUGAGUGUUUCUGUGCUGAGGGAUUUCGAUCUAUUGUGGAGGAGCAUGGCAUUCAGUGCGUGGCAACUGGGAAUCCUCCUAUCUUGCUUUUGCCAGAUAGCGUACGCAUUCGGCGAUAUGGCAUGUUAUCUGAAAAAUACACAGAUUAUAUUCAGAAUGAAGAGGACAUCAAAGCUCUUGAUUAUAUCUGGGAUACGGAAGAUCCAGAUCUCAGUGUUGUGUACUGGACUGUCCUGGGACAUGGCUCAGAGUUUGGCGCUAUAAAGCGAGCCUUUCUCACUACUUUUGAUGACAAUGGAAACAAUCCUACUACAGCAGUGGACUUAAAUCUGAAAUAUGUAGUGACACCUGAUGGCAUUGCAGUGGACUGGGUUGGAAAGCAUAUUUAUUGGACUGAUGCCAGCACAAACAGAAUUGAAGUGGCAAAGCUAGAUGGAAGGUACAGGAAAUGGUUGAUUUCCUCUCAACUCGAACAGCCAGCUGCUAUUUCUGUAAAUCCUAAACUUGGGCUGUUCUACUGGACAGACUGGGGCAGAAACCCCAAGAUAGAGUACGCCUGGAUGGAUGGACAGCACCGUCAUGUGCUAGUUAACAGUGGGUUGGGUUGGCCAACUGGCCUUACUAUAGAUUACCUCAAUGGUGACAGAGUUUACUGGAGUGACUCCAAGGAGAAUCUCAUACAGUCUAUGAAGUUUGAUGGCAGUGACAGAAAGCUGGUUAUAAAUGGAGACCUAGGCAAUCCUUACAGCCUUGAUGUUUUUGAAAACCACUUGUACUGGACCUCGAAGGAGAAUGGUGAAGUCUGGAAACAAGACAAAUUUGGAAACAGUCAUAAGAUAAAAGUAAUGACUGUAAACCCAUGGCUAACACAAGUUCGAAUAUAUCAGGAACAGCGUUACAAUCGCUCAGUGCUUAAUCCUUGCAAAGGUGUCUGCAGUCAUCUGUGUUUGCUAAGACCAGGAGGGUACACCUGUGCUUGUCCUCAAGGCAGUCAGUUUCGAGAUGGCAGCCUUAUAGAGUGUGAUGCAGCCAUUGAGCUGGAGCAACCAAUGCCACCUGCCUGCAAAUGUAGGAAUGAAGGAAUUUGUUAUUUUGAAGCAAAUACUACAAAGUGCACAUGUCCUUAUGGAUAUACAGGAAGGUACUGUCAGUUUGGAAGAUCCCAAGCACCAACCCAUUCAACAGCAACUGCAGUCUUGUUGACUAUUAUUAUCAUCUUAAUUCUGGGAGUACUAGCUGGUGGUGCAUUUCUGAAUUACAGACGGACAGGCUCAAUCCUGCCAUCUUUUCCUAAGCUUACAAGUUUAAGUCGUCUUAUGAAGCCUAAAGAUAAUGGAGUGACAUUUAGAUCUGGACUGGAUACUGGAAUAGACAGUGGAGCCUCUGCCAUAGACAUAGAUUCUGCUAUUGAUGGAGCAAUGCAGUUGAAUGAAAACUUUGUAAUGGAGGCAGGAAAGCAACCAGUCACGUUCGAAAAUCCCAUGUUUGGAAUGAAGGGAAAUGUUCCCAGUGAUGCUCCUGAAGUCCAGCAAUCAGCGGAUACAACGGCAGUUGGUGGUGAAACAAAUGGAAGCAGUUUUGAGAAUCCCAUCUCUACAUCUAUGCCUCCUUUUGUGGAAAAGCCUGUUCCAGCUGGAUCACAAGCUCGGAAAUCGAAGUGGAGCUUUUUAAAACGAAAACCUCAACAAGGGGCAAAUUUUGAAAACCCAGUAUAUGCAGAGUGCCAGAAACAGCAACAAACAAAUAACCCAACUGGAGAAACCGUUGCCGUUUCUCAUACUUCUGGAUUACCUCCAAGUAAGUCACGUUCGAAAAAAGACGAACCUUUGACAUAUAGUCCUACAGAGAAUACUUUCAAAGAUACAGCUACUCUUGUCAAAGAAGAUUCAAAUGCAUAAUUCAAAGCUGAACUGAAGGAGAGAUAGACUUUCCUCCAAUACAUUCUAUUUUUAUAUACACCCAGCAUAUUUGGACAUGUCAUAAAUAUUUGGUAAAAGAUACCUUUUAAAGAUAAUUAGAAUGAGCCAACAGCUGUUAAAAGAGGUGGUCUGUCUGUUCCUUUACCUUCAGUAAUAUUUUGUGCCAGCUUUUUUUUUUGUUGUUCUUAUCUGAGAAAACUUUUAAUCCAGGGGUACUUUUUGUACUUCUUUGCACUGGACUUGUGUAAAAGUUUGAAAUAUGUAAUGUUAUAAAUAUGUUGUACAUUUGUAAAUUUUGAAGAGAUUAUGACAAUUAUGUUGCCAAGGGUAUGACUGAUUUAUGCUGAAGGUUGCAAUCAGUGGAAACCUAAAGAUUGAAGUAAGACUACUGAUUUUAAUAUAAACAAAAGUAAUUCUAAAUGUGAAAACUACUGAUCUUGCCACAUAAUAAGAAUUCUUCAUAAACACAUUUUGAUGAAACUAAAUGAUAGAAAACAUAUAUAAAGCACAUACACUGGAGCAUUCGCAUUUUAGUUAUUUGUACACAUUGAAAUUCAUAAUAAAUGAUCAUUCAGACUAUGCUAAACUAAUUGUUAAUCACAGAAAACACACACACACACACACACACACACACACACACACACACACACACACACACACACACACACACACACACACACACACACAGUCGAGAUAUGCUCCAAUCCUGGUAAGCAAAGAAGAUCUUCACAAAAAAGUUCAUUUGAUUAUUCAAAAUUAAAUAUUCAUAAAACUAUUGUUGCAUAAUUGUUUCUUCUGAAAUCUGAGUAGUUUAAUUUUGUUCAUUUUUAGUUAGUUGUGAUUCAGCAGGCCGUUGCUGAAGUCAUGGGUGUAGGACCAAACAGCAUAAGGGAAAGCACUGUCGAACACCAAGGUGUCAUGUGCAAAAAAUGGUAGCUAUAGAACUUAUGAUAAAAACCUAAAUAAUGAAUAAUCUGAGGACAGACUCAUCAAUUGGGUUAAAAUAAAUUGUAGAAGAUACUUCCUAACAUUUUAUGUGGAGGAAAUAUAGGAUCAAUCAGAAAAUUUGAAUCAAUAAUAUUUUUCUUUUAAUUUGACUUCCAGCUUUACAAUUCAUUUACUUUGGUGCAACAGGAAUAGUCAUAUUCACUGGUUUGAAUUGAAUUCUACUUCUUGUAAAUCAAAAGUUUUGAAAUUGGAGAGGAAGAACAGAGUUUGUUUCUAACUGUAAUACUCUUUGCAAAAAAGAACUGUGGAUUGAGGGAAACAUCUACUUUUUAAAAAAAAUGCUUUUCUGACCACUGAAGCUUUCAAAGGAACCAGAUGAAAUCAGUUUAUUCUGGUCCAGUUAUGAAUAUGAGCAAAAUAUCUAUUGAUUAUAAAAUGCUUUGAUAUUUUCAGAUAUUCCUUUAAUUACAAUCAAAUACAUUGUGAAAAGUAAGUACAAUUUAAAACUGGAAAAUAGAACCAAUGGGAAAUACAGCAUUGGAUACAGGCGACUGUUUUUUACAGAUUACACUUUAAAUAUAUACCUCAUGACCAAUAUUAAAAUGAUUAGGCCCGGAUAUGUUCUCUUAUCCGUCAGGAUUCAAGGAAUGAUUGGGAUGACAGUUCAUCUUGGCUUACUUCACACUGAAGUACAAUUCCAACAGGCAAUAUCCAGUAAAUGGCCUAGACUAGCUGCCUAAAUUUUAGCUAAAGGUCUGCACAUCUACUCCAUAUUGAUUGUACUUAAUGUGAUUAUAGUUUUAUAUAUUUUACAUCGUAAUAAUGAAUAUUUUAGAAUCCUUUGUAUGCUAAUUUUUAUGGAUGUAUUUUAAUUAGCAUGAAAUUUAUGUUGUACUUCGAUCAAGAAAAAAAAUUGUUACUGGAAUAAAUAUGCUCAAAAUGUCCAAUAAAUUUUGUUAUUUUA